AUGUUAAAUAAAAUCCUACGUUCAAUUAAUAGGUUUUCGACAGUGCAUCCAAAAAGGAAUUUCAACAUAGAGUAUCUCUAGGAUGUAGAAAUCAUUACAAGAGAUUAUUAUGGCAGUUUAAGAAAUAUCUUAAAGUCAUUCUCAAAUCAUAAGAUUAAUCUAUAUGACAUUGAAACAUUAAAAUUAAAUAGAACAACAAAGUAUUUUUUUAGGUCUAUAAAAGAGGUUAAAAAAUAGUAGUCAAAUUGACCUUUGAAAAAGUUGAAGACUAUAAAUUCAAUGAGCUGGUUUUUGACUUAAAGUAGAGAUAUGAUGAAGUUGUAAUAGAUAAUGAUUAGUAAGUUCCAAUAGUACCUUGGUAUCCAAGAAACGAUGAGGACUUAAAAACAAGUAUUUAUUUUUAUUAUAUAACAAGUUGGACUAAUCAUGUAGGUAAAUGAAGAAAACAAUUAAGACCAUCCUUAAUUCAAAGAUUAGGAAUAUAGAAAAAGAAGAGAAGAAAUAGCAAAGAUAUCUUAAGCUCAUAUGGUUGGAGAACCUGUUCCUUAUAUAAAUUACACUUAAUAAGAAGAAGAAACAUGGAAGAAAAUAUAUACAAUUUUGAGAGAGAAAGUUUAGCAAGUGAUGUCAUAAAGAUAUCUAAGAAAUCUAUAAAAAAUAGAAAAUGCUUUGGGAUUUAAAUACAAAAUUCCAUAAUUGAGAGAUAUUGAUGCUUAUCUAAAAGCAGAAACAGGAUUUAGGUUAAAAGCAACACAUGGUAUAUUAAGUUAAAGAGAAUUCUUAAACGCUUUGGGACAUAGAGUUUUUUGUUGCACUUAAUAUAUUAGACAUCAUUCCACACCUGAAUAUACUCCAGAACCAGAUAUUGUUCAUGAAUUAGUAGUAAUAUAUAAAAUUGAUUAGAUUAGGGUCAUGUACCAUUAUUUGCAGAUAAAGAAGUAGCUGAUUUAUCUUAAGAAAUUGGAAUAUUAUCAUGUGGAGCCUAAUAAAAGGAUUUAUCAAGACUUGGAACAUUAUAUUGGUUUACACUUGAAUUCGGAGCAUGUAAAGAAAAUGGGCAAAUAAAAGGUUAUGGAGCAGGAAUUGCAAGUUCUAUAGGUGAAUGUGAUGUAAAAAUUUAUUACUUAUUUCAUUUAGCAUUUCCCAAAAGCUAAUUAUGAAAAAUUUGAUCCUUUUAUUCAUGCUGAUAGAGAAUAUCCAAUAUAAACAGUAUAACCAACUUAUAUGUAUACUGAUAACUUUGAAGAGGCUAUGCAAAAUUUAAUUAUUUUUGGUAAAAGUCUUUAAAAACCUUUUGGAUUAUAUUAUGAUUGUAUAGAAAAAGAAUUAAAAGCUACAAAAAGAAUUAAAACUCAUCUAAACAGUCAAUGA